AUGUCAAAAAGAUCAAAUCACUCGCGUUCAUCUUCAAAGGAUCCGAAUUCAUUACAACAAAUAUUUAAGAGUCCUGUUAUUAGAACUCCUCUUUCAGAUAUCUCAAAUGCUAAUUCACCUGCUGAAAGGCUUAAGCUUCGAAAGAUAAUACUUGAUAACAAGAGAUCAAAGAAAUCGUCAUCAUCAACAAAUGUUCGAAACAUAUUGUGUGAGAACAUAAGUUCGCUGCAGUCUUCUAAUAAUAACAAGAGAUCAAAGAAAUCGUCAUCAUCAAUAAAUGUUCCUAACAUAUUGUCUGAGAACAUAAAUUCGCUGCAGUCUUCUAAUAAUACUCACCGGAACAUGUACUCCAUUGGUCCUCAUACAAGUAUAAAUGAGACAAGUUCAUUAGUUUCAACCAUAACAGAUAACUCCAGCAAAUCUACACCGUCAGAUGAUAAUCUUCGAUAUUCCAUUUCUCCUCGCAUUAAUAUUAGUAACAAUCAAGUGGUAUUUGGUUCUACGUCUACAAUUACAAAGUUGUCUUCUGGUAAACGUAAGCUCGAGCAUAAGAAACGUGACACUACUCCUAUACCUAUGGUCAAUUUGGAUUCCGAUGAUGAUGAUGUUUUAGUCAGAGUGGAGGACCCUUAUAAGGGGGUAUCUAAAGAUUAUUUGGACCAUGGUGACCAAGUUCUUACAUGCGAAAUCUGUAGUGCAAAGUUAUGGACAUCAAAAGGUGGAAAAGGUCGAAUAACUAUGAAUAAGAUGUGUUAUAGUAUGUGUUGUGGGUAUGGUAAAGUUGAGCUACCGCCUUUAAAGGAUGCGCAUACGUCUUAUCAACUUUUGUUUUCUUCCUCAAAUGAAAAAAGCAAGUUUUUCCAGAAGAAUAUAAGACGAUACAACUCUAUGUUCUCUUUUACAUCUAUGGGUGGAAAGGUUGAUUCUGCUAUUAACAAGGGCCAUGCUCCGUUUAUUUAUCGUAUCAGUGGGCAAAACUAUCAUUGCAUCGGUAGUCUUAAACCUUCUAAUGGAAAUCAACCUCAGUUUUGUCAGCUAUACAUAUAUGACACUGAAAAUGAAAUAACAAACAGACAGGCAUUAUUCGGGAAAACAAGCAAACCUUCGUCCUCUAAUGAUAAAGAGAUUGAUGUUGAAAUGAUACAUUAUUUGAGGGAUUUAUUAGAUUCAGAAAAUAUGUUGGUUAAGACAUAUAGAAUGGUCAGAGACCAUUUUCACGAAUCCCCAGAGGCCAACCUUAAACUUCGUCUUAUGUAUAAAAGAGAAAAAGAUGGCAGAACAUAUAGCUUACCAACCACGUCGGAAGUUGCUGCUUUGGUUGUUGGAGACAUAGAUAAAGCUAUAGACCAUCGUGAUAUUCUUGUCGAGACUCAGUCUGGAAUGUUGCAGCGUAUUAGCGAAUUACAUCCAUCAUAUCUUGCUCUGCAAUAUCCGUUGCUUUUCCCAUAUGGUGAUGAUGGAUAUAGAAUUGAUAUUCCCCAUAGAGAUUUAAUUGCGACUCAAAAGAAAAUAAAGCCAAAGUGCACGAUGAGAGAAUUUUUUUCAUAUAGGAUCCAAGAUAGAAAUUAUGGUUUUUCCUUAAUUCUUAACGGAAGAAGGUUGUUACAACAGUUUUUGGUUGACGCAUAUACGAUGAUCGAGAGCGAGAGACUACAUUACAUUAGAAGACAACAAACAAAACUUCGAUCUGAAACAUUUGAAAAUCUUAAGAAGCAUAAAGAUAAAGGUAAACAAACUUUAAAAGACACUGGAAAGCCUGUUAUACUACCUUCUUUAUUUACUGGUGGUGCAAGAUUCAUGCAACAAAACUACCUCGAUGCAAUGGCCUUAUGUAAGUCUUACGGGUACCCAGAUUUCUUCAUAACUAUAACUUGUAAUCCUAAGUGGCCAGAAGUAAAACGAUUUCUAAAAGAUUCCACCAUCAAAGCUGAGGACAGGCCUGACAUACUGUGUCGAUUGUUUAAAAUGAAGUUUGAUUCAAUAAUCAAAGAUUUGAAGGAUUCUAAUUACCUCGGUGAGAUUAAUGUUGUUGUUUAUACGGUAGAAUUCCAGAAGCGUGGUCUUCCUCAUGCACAUAUAUGCUUAUUUAUGAAUGUCGAUCACAAACUUCCUACUGUAGAUCACAUAGAUCCAUUUAUAUCGGCUGAGAUUCCUGAUAAAAAUCAAGAUCCCGAACUUUAUUCUUUGGUAAGUGAUUAUAUGAUUCACGGUCCAUGUGGAAAUGCUAAUUUGAAGUGUCCUUGCAUGGUUGAUAAAAGAUGUUCAAAAAAUUUUCCAAAGAAAUUUUCAUCACAUACAACUGUUGAUUCAAAUGGUUUCCCUGUAUACCGAAGACGAGAUUCCGGCCACACAGUUAUAAAAUCUGGUGUUAGAUUGGACAACAGAAGCGUUGUUCCAUAUAACAAAAGGCUUCUAAAAAGAUAUCAAGCACACAUCAAUGUAGAAUGGUGUAAUCAAUCUGGUUCAGUUAAAUAUUUGUUCAAGUAUAUUAAUAAAGGCCCUGAUAUGGCUACUGCUGUUGUUUCUGGUGUUUCAAAUCCAAGCAUUAAGGAUAAACCAAGAGAUGAGAUCAAGGAAUAUUAUGAUUGUAGAUAUAUUUCAGCUUGUGAGGAAUCAUGGAGAAUAUUCUCAAACGAGGUUCAUUAUAGGUAUCCUGUAGUUAUGAGGCUUCCCUUUCAUAUGCCGGGUCAACAGAAUGUUGUUUAUGGUGCGGAUGACGAUAUUGAUAAUGUGUUAAGCAAGCCUUCAGUUGCUUCUUCAAUAUUUGUUGAAUGGAUGAAAUUAAACGAGUCAAAUGAAAAUGCUAGAAAGUUGACUUAUGUGGAGUUUCCAUCAAAAUUUGUUUGGAAACUUCAAGAUAGAUGUUGGCAGGUACGUAAGACGUACCAAACUGUUGGCUGUAUACAUUCUGUGUCUCCUGCGUUAGGCGAACCUUAUUUUUUGAGGAUACUUCUGAAUAAAGUUAGAGAGCCCAGAUCCUUCGAGGAAAUACGUACUGUUAACGGUCAGUUAUUCCCGACUUUUAGAGAUGCUUGCUACGCAAUGGGGCUGUUAGAUGAUGACAAUGAGUACGUUGAGGCCAUUAAAGAAGCAAGUUUUGAAGGACAUGCUGGGUAUCUCCGAGCGUUAUUUGCUACAUUGUUGUUGUCAAAUACACUUUCACGUCCAGAGUUUGUGUGGGAGAACACGUGGAAAUACUUAGCAGAUGAUAUUUUAUACAGACGUCAAAAAGAAACAAAUAUUUCAGGUUUAGUGCUUCCUGAACAUCAAGUUAAAAACCUUACUUUGUUGGAAAUUGAAAAAUAUUUAGUUUCGAAUGGUUCGUCGUUACGAGGUUUUAACACGAUGCCUUUUCCUGAUGAUGAUUCAUUACGUGAUGCUACUAAUCGUCUAAUCAAUGAAGAGCUAUCACAUGACGUAGAUGAAGUACAAACUGAGUUUAAUAAGUUGCAUCAAUGUCUGACAGAUGAACAACGAGCUGUUUUUGACGAAAUAAUGGCAGCAGUUGCAAGCCGUAAAGGAGGGUUAUUUUUUGUCUAUGGGUACGGUGGAACUGGAAAAACUUUCUUAUGGAAGACUUUGGCUUCUGCAGUUCGAUGUAGAGAAACUCAAUUGAUCAUAUGGGACGAAGCACCGAUGGUCCAUAAACAUGCAUUUGAAGCUUUAGAUAGGACUAUGUCUGACGUGUUUACUGAUGGUAGGAGUAUUCGAUCUGAUGUUCCGUUUGGAGGGAAAGUUUUUGUAUUCGGCGAUGACUUUAGACAAAUCUUGCCAGUUAUUCCUAAUGGUACUAGACAACAAAUAGUUUGUGCCUCUUUAAGCUCUUCAUAUAUAUGGUCAAAGUGCAAACUGUUAAGGUUGACUAAAAACAUGCGCCUAACAAUUGGAGCUGAUAGUUCUGAUAUGGACUCUAUUAGGGAUUUUGCGAAAUGGCUGCUUGAUAUUGGGGAAGGUAAGUUGGGAGAUGAUAACGAUGGUGAAGCAAUUAUUGAGAUACCUGAUGAUCUAUUAAUCACCGAUAGUUCUGAUCCAAUACAAAGCUUAAUUGACUUCGUCUACCCUUCAAUUAUGGAACAAUUUCGGAAUCCUGGUGAUGCUAAAGAGUAUUUGAGUUCCGAUAGCAUAUGUCAAACUGAACAAAUGCUUGAUUCAUUUCAAGAAGGUUUAUACUCAACAGAAAAUUUGAAUGCUCUUAAGAUUUUUGGGUUGCCUAAUCAUAGAUUAGUUCUUAAAGUUGGUGUUCCUGUCAUGCUUCUUCGCAACAUCGAUCAACAGAAAGGUUUAUGUCACGGUACAAGGCUAAAAAUUACUUUUCUAGGCAAACGAGUAAUAGAAGCUGAAGUAAUAUCUAGCGGUAAUAUCGGCACAAGAGUUUUCAUUCCAAGGCUCAAUAUGAUUCCGUCUGACAAAAAAAUACCAUUUGAAUUUCAAAGAAGACAAUUUCCUCUAUCAUUUUGUUUUGCCAUGACAAUUAACAAGAGUCAAGGUCAAUCCUUAUCAAAAGUUGGUCUUUAUUUGAAAGAUCCGGUGUUCACUCAUGGUCAGUUGUAUGUGGCAUUAUCAAGGGUCAAGACCAGAGAAGGAGUUAAAAUAUUGAUAUUCGAUGCUGAUGGAAAACCAACAAAUAAGACGUCCAAUGUGGUCUAUAAAGAAGUCUUUGGUAGCUUAUAA